AGGGGAGGGGAGGGAAUGCUUCCCACCUUGGUCCCCAAUGCAGAACCUCUUCCAGGCUUUAGCAGAGCAUCGAGGGUCAUCUACUCCGAAGUGAUGGUGCCAAGGCAGCUGGAGCCGAGGCACGGGGCGGCCACGCAGGACGACGUGGCCUAUUUAAUCGUGGCAGAGGGAAGCUACCACGUCGUCCAUCUGACUCGGGCAAAAAAUCUGGUAGCCAAGGAGCUCCCGGUUUACACAUACGGCCCCAGGGGAGAGCUGAUCACCGAGUUCCCCUACAUCCAGGACGACUGCUUCUAUGAGGGCUUUGUGGAAGGGUCGCCGGGCUCCAUCGUGGCCCUCAGCACCUGCUAUGGGAUCAGAGGAAUUCUGCAGAUCGGGGACCUGCAGUACGAGGUGCAGCCGGUGCAGAACUCCUCCACGUUCCAGCACCUCAUCUAUCGCACAGAGCCAGCAGAGGGCUGGGUCCCACCGUGCCAGCUGCCCACGGAACAGCCAGCCAAGGAUGGAGACCACACCAACGGGAGCAGGGCAAUGCUCAGCGUGGAGGAGGUGCCCGGUUUCGAGAUGCUGCCCAUGUCCACCAGAUACCUGGAAUUAGCUCUGGUCACCAACAAGGAGCUGUUCAAAGCCAACAGACACAACGAGACCCUGAUGCUGCACCUCUUCAUUUCCAUCAGCAACAUCCUGAACACGGUCUACAGGAGCAUGAAGCUGCAGGUCGUCCUCAGCGCGGUGGAGAUGUGGACCUCAGAGGACCAGGUUGCGGCCAGGCAGAGUUUGUCCCAGACGCUGCGGUCCUUCAGCAGCUGGUGCCAGCAGGAUGCUGCAGAUCGCCUCGGCUACGACCACGUGGAGCUGCUGCUCGGUGAGCACUACAAGGAGUGGGGCUUUACCUGGAAGGGGGCGGUGUGCCAGCCCAACUCCGUCGGCGUCGUCUCGUUCUCUGGCCAAGACACCGUCCAAAACGCGAUGACCCUGGCGCACAUGAUGGGCCACAGCUUGGGCUUCAGCCACGACGACGGGAAACAAUUCCAGCACAAAUCCUGCGACUGCAACUGCACCCACAGGGGCUGCAUCAUGGGAUUACGCCCAGGAUCUUGCUUGGCAUUCAGUAACUGCACUCUGAAGGAAUAUUACGAGGAAGUCAUAAGAAAAAACAAACCUUGCCUGCUCAACAUACCGCCUUUAAAACCGUCCCUUUCUGAACACUGCGGCAACGGCGUCCUGGAGAGAGGAGAGCAGUGCGACUGCGGCAAAGACAAGGCAUGCCUCAACGAACGAUGCUGCUCCUCCAACUGCCGGCUCGCCCCAGGAGCUUCCUGCUACAGAGGAGAAUGCUGCCACAAGUGCCGGUUUCAGCCAGCAGGAAAAAUCUGCAGAGCGCACCAGAGCGAGUGUGAUCUGCCAGAGUACUGCAAUGGCAACUCAGCCAGCUGCCCUGUGGAUGUGUUUAAGCAAGAUGGAACUCCAUGUGGCAACAACAACCACUGCUACGAAGGGCAGUGCCACAGCCACGAGGCGCAGUGCAAGGCUCUGUUUGGCAAAGCCGCCCGCCGUGCCCCACUGAGCUGCUUCAGGGACGUGAACGAGCGAGGGGACCGCAGUGGGAACUGCGGCUGGAACGGCACGCACUACACCAAGUGCCUGGAGGGGAACAUCCUGUGCGGGAGAGUGCAGUGCACUAACAUCAAAAGAGUGCCAGUCCGGCAAGACGGCGAGACCGUGGUCCAGACCUUCCUGAACAACCAGCUCUGCUGGGGGCUCGAGUUCCACCUGCCUUUCGACACGCCUGACGACGGCUCGGUGAAGGACGGCACGUCGUGUGGCACAAACAAGAUCUGCAUCAACAGGACGUGUGUCAGCGCAGCUUUCCUCAGCAGCGUUUGCACAGCGAGAAAAUGCCACGGCAAAGGGGUCUGCAACAACAAGAACAACUGUCACUGUGAUUUGGGAUGGGCGCCUCCGGAUUGCAGGGCAAAAGGGUUUGGAGGCAGCGUUGACAGCGGACCGCCUCCCUCUUACUAUGCGUACGGAGCUGCGGUAAAAGCCGCUGGAACGCUGCUUCUUCUCAGCCUGAUUUUGGGCGUUCUGCUGUACAAGAGGGCUGACAUUGCCGGCUGUAUCCGAAGGUGGCGACAUCAAAGACGGGACAGAAGGAACAACCCCACUCCUCCUCCUCCAGAACGGGUAAGCACUGCUCCCACCUCCAUUAAAACUAACGCUCUCGAAGAGGGGGGGUUGGGAAAACAGCAGCUCCUGGCUGCUUUCCUCCCAGCUAUGUUCUUUCCCAGCCAUUCUUGCUCCUCCGGUUCUGCCAGUGCGAGCUGAGAG